GAUACUCGCGGCGAAGGUUGCUUUCUCUAAGAAGGGCCAGUCAGGCUGUAGUCCGUUGCAACGGUGUUUUUGAUUCGUUCAAGCUGAAAGUUAUGGAAACUAAGAGUUCGUCUGUGUCCACCUAUCUUGCAGUAUAUUCCCGUCGUCUUGAUUCCGGGGCCAUCGUUUAAUCAGCACAGGUAGACGGAAGACCUGAAGCGAUCGAGGAAGUAGUCGGAAGCAUUAGAAGCAGCUUCGGCGCCCUCAGCUCCAAGCGGGACCAGUGGUUCCAGAACUACUCGCACAUGAGGAAACUGGCAGACACCGAUCAGGAAAACCUGACCGAACUUCUGUUAGUGAGCAAGCUCGCCGUUCCGAUGAUUUGGUAUCUGUACACUUCCGAAGUUGCGAGCCAAAAGAAAAGACUCGAGAAACUCGUGGACGAGGAGCUGGCUCGAUCACUUCCUUACCGUAGAUCAUUUUCUUUGGAGUAUCCCUUCUUCCACAUGGAGAUGACGCUUCAACUGCUGGAAGAGAGCGAUUUUCAGAUUGAGCUGCUUCGUGAUGAGUCUACGAUGAUUUUUCUCCUUAGGAUUGAUUACGAUGACAGGCGCAUUGUCUUCAGCGAUCAGAAUGGAGGAGAAACCGUAGAAAGAUUCGUCAUAGCAGAUGAUGAUUUUCCUGCCUUGGUGCCUGGGAUGGAUUUCAGAGUUAAUAUCCAGGUGGCAGACGACUGCAUAUUCGUCUCUUUCUGGGUUGGUGACCUUAGCUUGGAUACUCCAAUGGCUUUGCCUGCAAAAUAUCAUUGGUGCUCAAAGGUUUACCAUCAUGCAACAUCAUAUUCAAUCAAUGUGCUGGACUUGAAACAAACUUCAUCUUCAGACGAAACAGAUUCUGCCGAGGACAAGCACGAUGUUAAGUUGAUGUCUGCUACUAUUUAUGGAGGUCUCAUUGUUCAAUAGUGAUCAGAUACAAGCCGACUAUACCACCAUUCUGCAGAUGCCAUUAUGCCUAACCUGAGGCACUUUAAAAAUCCUCAAAAACAGCUAACUGUAAUAAGUGAAUGAAAGACACCUAAGUGGGAUGGAAAAAAGAAUCAGUUUGUACCAUCAGGAUGGGUCAGAAAGUAAACCUAAAAUUGAA